AUGGACGAGACGGGAGAAAUGAUUUCUGAGUACACUUCCUUCUCGCUCAAAGACAACAACACAUCUGGUCUACCAACUAUGGCACAAUACGGCAAGGCCUCUUACUGGGACGAACGCUACACUAAAGACUCGGAACAAUUUGAUUGGUAUCAGCGUUACGAUGGUUUGAAACAACUACUGAAUCAGUAUGUGAAAAAGACAGAUUGUAUCCUUAUGGCAGAAAUUGUGAUCAAGCAGAUGACAGCCAAGUACGAGGACCGCAUCGAGCAACUGCAGUGGCAAAAGAUGAACAUGUGCUCAUUGGACUUUGCAAACGAGACGUACGACGCUGUGGUGGAUAAAGGCACGCUGGAUUCGAUCCUGUGCGGCGAGAGCUCGACGGCCAACGUGUCGAAAAUGUGCCAGGAGAUAUACCGAGUAUUGAGGCCCAAUGGCGUCUACUUUGUCGUGUCAUACGGCAUCCCGGACAACCGACUUGGCUACUUGGACAACAAGGAGUUGCCGUGGAAGGUGACAGUGCAUACGGUGCCCAAGCCCACGGUGAGUGCUGUGCAGGUCUCGGAGGCGGAAGCCAACGCCGUGCACUACAUUUAUGUGUGUCAGAAAAUUGUCACGGCUGAGUAG